UCGCGCAAGAGCUCGCGGAAAGAACACGGCCAAGAUGUGGUCAUGAAGGAUGUGGACGAGAAGAGAGAGCAGCCAGAUCAGGAUCCGAAUGAGGACGAACAGUCUCGUCAGGAUGCUGGACUUGGGGCAGACGGCAAUGAACUGGACGCCAUGGAUCGUGGUGAGGACCCAUUUGCAACUGGCUACCUUUCCCGAUUUGGCGGUCACGCUGGACUGUCAAACAGUCUGAGAGCUCUAUCUGGCAUUGUCUCGGGCCAGAACAGUCGGCUCCGCGGCCUGCUCGAGCAGUUGCGUGCCAAGGACGAUCCAUCAUUACAGCUCAUUGCCCUGCAAGAACUUUCUGAGAUUCUUCUGGUCAGCAAUGAGGAUAACCUCGCUGGACAUUUCGCUCCCGAUCAAUAUGUCAAAGAGCUGGUAUCACUGAUGCAACCGAACGAGUUCACUGGUGAGGAGAAUCCAGAGGUCAUGCUGCUCGCUUGCCGGUGCAUCGCGAACAUGAUGGAAGCUCUUCCGGCAGCAACGGCCAGUGUCGUUUACGGUGGAGCAGUGCCGGUCCUGUGUCAGAAACUGCUUGAAAUCAACUUCAUCGAUGUCGCUGAGCAGGCACUCAGCACCUUGGAGAAGAUUUCAAUCGAGUUUCCAUCCUCAAUCGUUCGAGAGGGGGGCCUCACGGCAUGCUUGACAUAUCUGGACUUCUUCGCCACUAGCACGCAGAGAACCGCUGUCACCACCGCUGCGAAUUGCUGUCGUAACAUUCCGGAGGAGUCAUUUCCGACAGUACGCGGUGUAAUGCCGAUACUCCUCAACACGCUUUCAAGCAGCGACCAGCGGGUUGUGGAACAAGCUUCGCUCUGUGUGUCUAGGGUCAUCGACAGCUUCAAGUAUCAUGACAGCAAGCUGGAGGAGCUCGUGAGCCCAGAGCUGCUCAAGGCAGUCCUGCGACUCUUACUGCCAGGCACUACCAACAUGAUUGGGCCAAACAUUCAUACUCAGUUCUUGCGAGUCCUCUCGAUCACUGCUCGUGCAAGCCCACGGCUUUCUGCGGAGCUCCUCAAGAUGAAUGUAGUGGAUACACUCUACCAAAUCCUAACAGGAGUGUCGCCACCCACAGGCACAGACGAGAUUGCUGCCAAGAUCGACAAGAAUGUUAUUAUGCAAGCCAUCAUCCGAACUCCUCGCGAGCAGAUUUUUGAGACUUUGAAUGUCAUCUGCGAGCUUUUGCCAACAGUAUCCCAAGGCAGUCUCAUGUUCCUCGACGAUCUGCAGGACGCCGGGUACACCGGGCCAGACAAUGCAUCCAUGUCAACUCGCUCAAAGACAGCUCCUAACGACAAGAGAGUCGAACUCUUGAAGCAGUGCCCGGACGAAGUCAAGAGAUUCGCCAUCAUCUUGUUCCCAACUUUGAUGCACGCAUACACCAGUACCGUCAAUCUUUCCGUGCGGCAGAAAGUGCUUACUGCUCAGCUCAAAAUGCUCUCCAACCUGGAAGCCGAAAUACUCAAGGAGGCUCUCAGGGGUGUUACUUAUGCAUCUCAUCUGGCAUCGAUCUUGUCGCAACAGGACAACACUUCGCUUGUCACAUUUGCGCUCCAGGCCGCCGAGCUGCUAUUGAAGCGGCUGGAGUCCCUUUAUCGACCGCAAUUCUACCGUGAAGGUGUCAUGGCCGAGAUCAAGAAACUUGCUGAUCGACCACUCAAGACACUAGGAGCGUCAGAAAAGCACUCCUCUCUUGGAACAGCUGCCAUCAUCCCAGACGAGGGUCAUGACGACCACGAGGAAAAUCACAAUGAAGAGGAUGAGCCGAUCGAAGUUGACAUGGAAGACGGAGGUUCAGAAGACCACGAUCAUCAUGAUGAGCCACGUGAAGCCGAACACGACGAAGAAGACAUUGACGAACACGAGAAGCCCAGACAGGGCCGCGUCGAGGACGAGGAUGAUGAUGACGAUGAAGAUGACGCUGAUAACGACCAAGAGCGCUCUAUCGACUCUGACUUGGCUGCAUCUCGACCGGCACAACACAUUCUGGAUCUACAGGACGUCACCACUUUGCGAGCCAGGCGAUUCCUUGAGACCCAUGGCGAAGCAGCUAGCGAGCAAAUGCAAUCGCGGGCAACCGAAGUGUUGGACGAUAUCAAGGCACUUGCAGAUCAGCUGAGAGCAUGCUAUUCAGGCGCUGCCGCUGGAAGUGGAACGGAAAUUUUCACACGCCUCGCCAAAUACUUCGAUGGUGAUACCGUUCAGAGCAUCACGAGCUAUGAAUUGAUGACCUCUGGCAUAGUAGACGUCCUUCUCGACCUAUUCACAGCCGCCAACGAGGAGGCGGCAACCGCCGCACGCUCCGAUUUCCUCGAGGUCUUCAUGGCAACACAGCAGGCAAUUGUCAUCACUAGGGACGCCAAAUCUCCGUCCACGGCAUUCAGUGUCCUCACGCACAAGCUUCAGGAACUGCUCAGCCGUGCCGAGCAUUUCGAGGUGAUUACGGUGCACCACAAUGCAUUUGAGAGCAAUAGAGGCAGCGCAGCUUCUAUGUUGGCUAAGCAGCUUCGUCUGAAGCUUGUAGCCGACGAUGACUCAGGCAUCCCGCGUCCUUAUCGAAACAUCAUGGUCUCUAUCCAUGCAAUUGCCACAUUCAAGGCGCUAGAUGAUUACUUGAGGCCGCGCAUCAGCAUGGGCGAUCGCCCGCGUGGUUCUCGUCGUGGAGACAUGUCAAGUGCCAUGGCGGCAUAUGCGGCAGCGAUGGCUGGCCGAGGAGAUCGAUCAAUACCACCACCGCCCACAUUGCCAACGUUGGGGAGCUCAACUCUGCCUACUCGCAGCACCGGCAAGAAGAUGCCGAGGACCAAGUCUUCCAAAUCUGCACCAGAAACGGGAACAGAGCCUGGCAAGACUGAGGACAAUAGGGACGCACUUCAGGAGGCCCUUGAAUGCGCUGAUGAAGCGCACAUCUCGGAUGACGAUGACGACAUGGAUGCUGAUCUGGACGCACUGGUUGAUGAUCUUGAAGAUGGAGCCCUGGAGCGCGAUGAGCCCGACCCAUCGGCAGUCAAUCUUGAGGUGGCGAACUCUGGCAAAGUCACUGCUCGCACAGAAGAUGGUGCUCGUGUUAGCACACCUUCUCAAGGCAUACCCACACCAACUAGCACAGCAGACCGCCUGUCAGCGUCUGCCCGACUUGCUGCAGCACGAGAGCUGCUGAGCACGCCUACCCUAUCCACCAGGCCCAUGUCCUAUGCCUCUGCGGUGCAGAAGACUCCUGAGGAUUGGCACAUUGAGUUCAGCGUGAACAAUCAGCCGAUCGCUAGCGAUACUACGAUCUACCGUGCUUGCCAUUUCAAUCAAGCUCACGGCGACGAAGUCUCAGCACGUAACAUUUGGUCAGCGACCCACGCCAUCUCCUUCAAGAAGGUAGCAGGACCACCGCCAAGCGACCGUAGCUCAAGAACUCCGCCGCCCAUGCCAGAUGCAACUUCUCAGAAUGGUCUCCCUCCCUCUUUGGACAACCAUCCUGUAACUUCAGGCAUCUUGCGAUUGAUGAGCAUUUUACAUGCCUUGAAUGCCAAUCUGGACGAUGUCUUGGCUGAACACAAGGCUACAGUGAAACUCAACGCCGAACCACCAUCCCAAUUCGUCAACACGAAGUUGACGGCCAAGCUCAAUCGACAGCUGGAGGAGCCGUUGAUCGUGGCGAGCCAGUGCCUCCCCACAUGGGCAGAGGAUCUUGCCCGCCUCUAUCCCUUUCUCUUUCCGUUCGAGACACGCCAUCUUUUCCUGCAAUCGACCUCUUUCGGAUACUCUCGGCUCAUGUCGCGCUGGCAGAACAGCCAGGAAGAAUCAUCACGCAGCCGCCAUCGCGAUGAACGCCCGUUCUUGGGACGAGUGCAGCGCCAAAAAGUUCGUAUCUCACGGUCUCGCAUGCUCGAAUCUGCCAUGAAGGUGAUGGAGCUCUAUGGCUCAUCCUCGAGCAUGCUGGAAGUCGAAUACUUUGAUGAGGUCGGCACUGGACUGGGUCCGACCUUGGAAUUCUACUCCACUGUUUCCAAAGAGUUUUCCAAGAAGAAGACCAAGCUGUGGCGCGAGAAUGAGUCCUUGGACAACAGCGAGUACGCAUUUGGCAAGCGCGGCCUAUUCCCUGCGCCAAUGAGUGAAGAGAUGGCACGUAAGGAGAAUGGCCAGAAGGUACUAAACAUGUUCAAGAUGCUGGGCAAGUUUGUGGCACGAUCCAUGCUUGACUCGCGCAUCAUCGAUGUGUCUUUCAACCCGACCUUCUUCCGUGUCGGUGCAAGCACCACGACGGUCACCCCAUCGCUCGGCGCCGUGGCUGCGGUCGACGAAGGCCUUGCCCACUCGCUCAAGGUCCUGAGGAAGUAUGCCAAUGCUAAGCAGCGCAUUGACGAAGAUGCAACCCUCUCGCCGGAUCAAAAGGCCUCCAAGGCAGAGCAAAUUCGAAUCAAUGAUGCUCAUAUCGAAGAUCUCGGUCUGGACUUCACCCUGCCUGGUCAUCCUGAUAUCGAACUUCUUCCAUAUGGGUCCACUAUCAAUGUCACCAUCGACAACGUCGGACAGUACAUCAAAAAGGUCAUCGACUUUACUCUACAGUCUGGCGUGCAGAGACAGGUGGAAGCCUUCCGGACUGGUUUCUCACUCGUCUUCCCAUACUCGGCACUGAGAGCGUUCACGCCGGAUGAGCUCUGCAUGCUUUUCGGUCACGGAGAGGAGGACUGGUCACUUGAAACGCUGAUGGACUCUAUCAAAGCCGAUCACGGAUUUAACCUGGACAGUCGCAGCGUCCGCAACCUGCUGCAAGCCAUGUCAGAGUUCUCGUCUCAAGACCGGCGCGACUUCUUGCAAUUUGUUACGGGCAGCCCGAAGCUGCCGAUCGGAGGCUUCAAAUCGCUCACCCCAAUGUUUACCGUGGUCCGCAAGAGCGCCGAUGCGCCAUAUACCUCCGACGAUUACCUACCCAGUGUCAUGACAUGCGUCAACUAUCUGAAGAUGCCAGAUUACAGCUCACUUGAAGUUCUCAAGUCGAGAUUCAAUACAGCUUCCAAGGAAGGCCAGGGAGCUUUCCACUUAUCAUAGACAAUCGCAUUUGAUGUGCUGCUUCAGCGAGCACUAGUGCGAGGCGCACGGCCGGUGCAAAAGUCGUUACGGUUCAUUUUGAGUUGGAAGAAUGCAUAGCCCGGCGUUCGUGUUCUUUUGCCAUUGGGAACUUAUGAAACGCCGCCACGGCCAUGGGUAAUAUCAACACAGGCAUGAUGUAUGUAGCUAAAUCCAGGCUCGGAAGUGUUCCUGCCUGCC